UUUGCUUUCUUGGGGAAAAAACUAGGUAAGAGAAGGCAGUUUUCUUAACAAGUUAGCGUCCUCUCCCUCCCUUACAAGUUGGUGCAAAAGAUCGGGCUCUGACUCCAUUGAACUGCACCUUCACGUCAAAAUAGAAGAAGAAGAAAGGGACAAUGGCUCUGAGUGGAAACUGUAGUCGUUAUUAUCCUCGAGAACAAGGGGCUGCGGUUCCCAACUCCUUCCCUGAGGUUGUGGAGCUGAACGUUGGGGGUCAAGUUUAUUUCACUCGCCAUUCCACAUUAAUAAGCAUCCCUCAUUCCCUCCUGUGGAAAAUGUUUUCCCCAAAGAGAGACACAGCUAACGAUCUAGCCAAGGACUCCAAGGGAAGGUUUUUCAUUGACAGAGAUGGAUUCCUGUUCCGUUAUAUUCUGGACUAUCUCAGGGACAGGCAGGUGGUCCUGCCUGAUCACUUUCCAGAAAGGGGAAGACUGAAAAGGGAAGCUGAGUACUUCCAGCUCCCAGACUUGGUCAAACUCCUGACCCCUGAUGAAAUCAAGCAAAGCCCAGAUGAAUUCUGCCAUAGUGACUUUGAAGAUGCCUCCCAAGGAAGUGACACGAGAAUAUGCCCCCCUUCCUCGCUACUCCCUGCUGACCGCAAGUGGGGUUUUAUUACUGUGGGAUACAGGGGCUCCUGCACCAUGGGCAGAGAGGGGCAGGCGGAUGCCAAGUUUCGGAGAGUUCCCCGGAUUUUGGUUUGUGGAAGGAUUUCCUUGGCAAAGGAGGUCUUUGGAGAAACUUUGAAUGAGAGCAGAGACCCUGACAGAGCCCCAGAAAGAUACACCUCCAGAUUUUAUCUCAAAUUCAGGCAUCUGGAAAGGGCUUUUGAUAUGUUGUCAGAAUGUGGAUUCCACAUGGUGGCCUGUAACUCCUCAGUGACAGCAUCUUUCGUCAACCAAUACACAGAUGACAAGGUCUGGUCAAGUUACACUGAGUACGUCUUCUAUCGUAAGUACCACGGCUUCUUUUUGUUUUUUCGUGUGUAUGGAUCCUCUUAA